AUGAUGUGGUCCAAGCAGAAGUCGCCUCGCUUCGUAGCAGGGAAAGCUACAGCUACCUGUGCUGUCGGGCCUGGAUCGUACGAGCUGCCAAGCGUUUGGGAUGAUCACGCCACGACCAUUGGUGGACAAGACAGAUUUCAGGAGCAGGUUGGACAGGAAACGCCCGGGCCAGCAACUUACGCACAGGACACACAGACACCUGCAGCUGGAACUUUGAAUUGGCAAGAGGCAGGCUCCUUGAAGUCUCGCCAGUGCAAGGAGAAUCGACCGCCUUCACCACGUGAGAGAACGAAGCCAACUACCCAACUGCACAAGGAGGCUGCCGACAUCACAGCGCAGCUCAUUGCUGCUCGAAAGAAGGUCGAGAACCACGAGAGUGAGCUCCAGGAAUCUGUGCUCGCACGACAGAAACUGCAG